GGCCAGAUAAUACCAAUCUCCAGGAAAUCAGAGGAUGGGCAGAAAAUAAUAGAUAUUGUGACGAGAACUUUCUGGAAUUGCGGAAUAGAAUGUGAAUUCUUGAAGAUUGACCGAAUUACCAAUGAAACCCUACAGCAUGAAUUCCGACAAAUCAAAGAUCGCUUGACUAAAUCUGGCUUGAAAUACACAGAGCUCCGGGAAACAUUUGCGUUUACAUACAGAGGUAACCGUAGCAUGUUAAAGGCAAUUUGUGAUACUGGCCUGAGGGUGGAGGAUAACCCACGGAGGAGCAUACUUGGGGAUGCAACUAAGGGGGUGCAUUUAUGGAUGAGUGCUGAUCUAUGCCUGGCUAAGAUCAGUGCUCCUUUAUGCAAGAUCAUCAUGUACAAGAUCAUAAAAGGCAGAAUAAAGCAAGUAGCUCCUAACUUUGAUACAUCUGGGCCAGACAGUGCCCUCCAGCCCCCGACUCCAGGCUUCAACUGUCAUUCAUCAGCCAAUAUUCCAAUGACAGACACCUCUCUGGACAGACUCAUGACCAAUUCUCAGCUGUAUCUAUAUGACAUGGAUGGCCAUGGUAAAUGCUCUAAGAGACCAAGACAAGUUCUACCAUAUGCAGUAUUAUCGUUCAAGGUAAAUGUUCUCAAAGUGAGAGAGAUUUUCCCAACCUUGGAACCCCUAGUCAUGGAACACAAAGAGGAGGAAAAGCCCGUUAACCUCACAGAUUUGAUGAAAACAGCACAUUCAGUGUACAAUGGGUACAUCUUCAAUAAAGGCAACCACCUGGCCCAUGUUACUAUGCUAUGUGGCUCUAAACUCUUUUUCCCUCUUGAGAAGAAACUUGCUGUUGACAGUAAAACUCCAUUGGAACAAUUCAAACUGUUGCUAGGAGACAAAGCGAAACAACUCAAGUUGCUAUGGAAACAAGAUGGCUCAAAGAAAGAUGCUCAACUGGUGUUUCUCAGGGCUGAUGAAGACAAGUACAAGAAAAGAAUAAAACAAUUUGCCACCCUCCUGGAUCAAAGCAAAUCUGUGGGGGUAGCCAAAGUCCACAGAGAGGAAUUUUUGCUGUGUUUGCUGUCUGGUAAAACCCUACAAGAGGAAUUCGGUGUGGAAAACAACCAUCAUACUUCCCUGUUUGGUGUCUUUAACUGGGUCAGAGAGGCUCCACAGAAAGAGGAUCCAGAGAAGCUUAAAGUUCCAAGCUUAGAACGUCAACGAUCAUCUGAUUCAAAAUCCUCUGAGAAAUCUAGUGGGUCCAGUCAGCAUGGUUCCCAUGGUAUAUCGUCGAGAGAAACCAGUCUCUCGCCCACCAAAUCCUCUGUAGCAAAUUCAAAAUCCACCUCAAGAGGCAAAGAUGUGGCAGAUCUACAGGAUUUCUGUGAUGAAGCUGAAAAACCUUGGAAAAUCGGUGAAGAUCUACAUCCUCAGGUAGAUGAUACCAAGACCUCAGCCAAUGAUACACUUUAUGAAACCCCAUAUGAAGUUAUUCUUGCUCAAAGAAAAAACCCUCAAAUACAAAAUGUAAACCCCACACCUAUCAAUGUGAGGCCUGGCAUUCCAGAUGAUGCUAGAAGUAAAGUACCAAACAGUGCAAUAGAAACAGAUAAGCUCAAAGUCGCGAAGAUCGACAAUCAAAAACUAUGCAAUAUACAUAUUCAGUCUUCAAAAGGGACAACUUUAUUCAAAGAGUCUCAAAAUGAAGCUAGAAAGGAAUCUCAAAGUGAAACUAAGUCAGACAAAGAAAUUUCCAAUCAACAUAAAAAAGUAAAACAUCGUAGUAGAUCACAGUCUAAGAUAACAUCAUCUCCAAAAAAGGAAACUAAAAUUGGAAUUUCCUUGAUUGAAUCUCCCAAACAGGACAAUGAGAAAUUGAAACUUAAACUUCAACAGUUGAAAACAAUCUUCACCCCACCAAGGAAGAAAGAAUUAGAACAUGAUUUAGAUUGUCUUAAGGCUCAUUCCAGUACAACUCUUAAAGACAAUGCCAAGGUAACGGGAAAUGCAAUUAAACCUGAAUUUAUAGUGACCCAGGUGUGCUCAAGUGAAUCUCAAGAAAUAGUAUGCAAUAGUAAAGCAGCUACUGAUAUAGAUAUGCAAC